AAAAGAAAGGUACCAUUAGCGAAUGCAGAGAGCGACAACAUUAAGGUGCAUGGCAAGGGUGAAGUCCACGAAGCCCAUGUUAAGCCUUCUAUUCAAACUGAAAAGUCAAUAGAACCAGAAGAAAAGAAGCCAGAUGUUCUUUCAAUAACGAACCAAGAGCUUAUUGCAAAGUUCGUGAAUUUCAUUGAAAAACAAACCGAGUCAAAGAACCCUGACCCACCAGUGAAAGAAGUUGAGACAAAAGAGAAUGUACAGUUCAUUGAAAAUGUCAAGAAACAACUUCCACCACGAAUGCCAAGAAGAAGAGUGAGAAUAAUGAAGUAA